AAUGGAGGUUUGAAUGAGAGGUCAGUGAAGACAACAAAACAUUUUGAAAUAAUCGUAAAAAAGCUUUUGUUUUGAUUUGAUUUGAGAUAACGUUUGAAACGUGUUUUGCAUUCAAUUUAAACCUCAAAUCAAUAGUUUGUCCAAAAAUCCAAACAAAUAAUGAGUUUUGCGUUGAAUUGUGCGGAAAAAUGAGUCAAAUCGGCGCUCAUUUGCAGUUAUCAUCGCUUCAUACCAUUGGACACAAUAUGGGGAUCAACUCAACGCCCGUCGCCCACAACCAGUCGUCGUCUUCCGCGGUGUCGGCGCCGGCGGUGGGCGUCACUCCGUUGCCCACCUCUGCGCCCACGUCUGGGCCCACCUCUGGUGUGACAAACAAUAACCAAAGCAUCUGUUGUCUGAUAGAAGACACGCAAAGGUGUCAUCGCAUCGCUGGUAACGCUUCCUAUUCCAAGAGGAUUGAGAAACAGGUGACUCAACGCAAACUGAGACUCACUCUCGACCACCGCUCGCAUCACUCCUACAUCUGUGAACAUCACAAACAAAUGAUUCAAUCCAUCCGUACGUCCAAUAAGAGGAAACGCAAAGACAGCGACGACGACAAUGAGCUGACCAUCGAUACGACGGCCGACGGACACACUGUGAGCGGUGGCGCCGCUUCGGCCACCGGAUCCGCUCAUGACGUGGAUCUGCACGCACUUCAGGUGAACACUUUGAGGCGCUAUAAGAAACACUAUCGCAUCCAAACCAGACCCGGCAUUAAUAAAUCACAAUUGGCUGAGACUCUUCAGCGACACUUCAAAUCGAUGCCGAUCUACGAGAAGGAGGCCAUCACUUACUUCAUAUAUAUGGUUAAGUGUAAUAAGAAUAAAUUAGAUCAAAACAAUACGUCCGGUGGCGGCACCGGUGCGGGCGCUGCCAAACAGACAGCGCUGGCCAGCGAUUGAGUUGCCGCACAUACACCCGCCCCUCAUCUCCUCACUCCUACUCUUCAUACUUGAGCCUCACAUCCAUUCAAUCGACAAUUCAUUUCUCAUAUCAAUUCUCUCUUCUCUUGACUUGAGUUUCACUUUUCAUUAUUUAAAUAUAUUUUUGAUUUUUAAGUGAACUCCAAAUUCAAUCACAUUUAUCCUUAAG